AUGUCAUAUUCUGUAAUAGCUGUUCUAUUUAAAUGUAAUAACACACAUUGCAAGAAUAUAAUAUCAGCAGCAAUAGAUGUUUUAUAUGUAGUAUUGAAACCAAUGAUUCCUUGGCCAUCAAAAAAUGAAAUUCUUUGUAACAUGCCCAAAUGUUUUAAUAAUUUUAAAAGUACAAGAAUUGUUAUUGAUUGCAUUGAUAUUCCAAUUAUGAAACCCAAAACUUUAUCAGCUUCAAUAAUUACUUACUCACACUAUAAAUCAACUUAUACUGCCAAGUUUAUGACCGGUGUCACACCUGCCGGAAUACUUUCAUUUGUUAGCCAAGGAUAUGGUGGACGUGUCUCAGAUAAAUUUAUUUUUGAAAAUAGUCUACUUAUUAAUCUGCUGGAAGAAGAUGAUGCAAUUAUGGCUGACAAAGGAUUCCUCAUUGACUCAGUAUGUGCAGAAAAACAUGUAAAACUAUUUAGACCAACUUUUUUAAAAGGAAAACGUCAAUUUAGUUCAAAAAAAGCUCUUCUGAAUAACAGUAUUGCCAGUGCACGGGUACAUAUCGAAAGAGUUAAUCAACGUAUUAAAAUAUUCAGUAUAUUAAAUAAAUUUCCUUCAAGCUUAACUUCUAAAUUAGAUGAAAUAUUUUUUAUUAUUUGUGCAAUCGUUAACUUAAGUGUUCCAAUUCUUGCAAUUGAUAAGUUUUUAAAAUGUAAUUAA